GUCACAUCCUGAACUUGAGCGCCAUUUUUUCCGUAACGGCGAAGAAAGGGGACAAAAAGCCGCGUGAAAAAAAUCGCUGAUGCCCUAAUACGCGGCUCACUAACGAAGCACUUGAAAGCCUCGGAGCGCCCCACAGACGCGCGGGAUGCAGCUCGGCUGAGCGUGCCGGCGACGGCGCAGGAAUACGGAGAGAAUUCGGCGGGCGGACUAGAGUUGUCGCGGGGGGACGAGUGGAGGAAGUGGGGCGAAGGCGGAGCGAGCACAGCCGAACCCUACCUCGGAGCCCAGUCCAGGACGUGAGCAAGAAUGUAUCAACUCCCGCUGACCAAUUUGGAGAAAGUCCGCAAGGCACGCAAGGCGGUGAAGAACGUGCUGAGUGAGAUUGGCCUGGAAGACUGCAAGAACCUCCUCAAGGAGCUUGAUGGUGAAAAUGUUGAGAAAGAUACAGAGGAAGACUCAGAGGAAGAAGAUCCUUUACUGGGCACCGAGUGGACCGACUUUACCGACGGAUACAACGGACGACUUCGCAAGAAGUGGCCUUACCGCUCUCGCACCUUGUGCUGCGUCAUGUGCAAGUACUCGUCCAAGAACAUCUACCACUACCGCAACCAUGUGGCACGCUGCCACGAGUACUUGCAGCGCCUGUGCACACUCGCCUCCUGCCAGCGAUGCGUCUUUGUGGCGCCCCCGCGUGUCGUCAAAAAGCACAUCCUACUCUUCCAUGGGGGCCGUGCAACCGAUCCGGUGGCAUCGGCCGGGGCGGCGACCCCGACGCAGCCCGUCGUGGCCCAGCGAGUCGUUGAGCGCUACAAGUGCAGGAAGUGUUCUUACCCGUCGCACUUCGUGUUUGCCGUCAAGAAGCACAUCAUCCUCAAGCACCUGGAGGGCGUAGCCGAACGAUACAUUGGCUACCGACACCCAAUAGCGGGUUCCAACGCCAAGCUAUACUGCUGCAAACUGUGCACAAUCAACACGGGCAACCUGGACCAGAUGCUGCACCACCUGCUGGUGGACCCCAAGCACUACAGCAUCAGCACGCAGGUGCAGGCGAUGAUCUAUGACAACAAGGCGGGCCCCGUCGCUGCCCCCAGAGCCAUCUCGGCGGCAAACAGCAACGGUCUUUACGUCACGCUUCCCAGCCUGGCGCCAAAGCCCGUCAACAAGUCCUUAGUGCCGCCUAGCAACGGGCAGCCCUGUGGCAGAACUGUGGUGGCGCUACAGCAGCUGCAAGGGGCGUCCAACAGUGCCACCCUCAUCUGCGCCCCCGGGAGCAACCAGACUUUCCUGCCCCCGCAGGCCUCUGCGCUGGUCCAGUUGGCGAGCGCCGAGGCCAAGGGUUUACUCCAGCCCAGUGCCACCAUCUCCCUGCGAGGAUCAUCAGUGCUGCAGUAUCCUGCCGUGAAGCCGCCGCCGGUGGCCUCGCCUCAGACGCAACAGGCCCUGAUCCCGGCGCCAAAACCAGCUGCGGCGCAGAUCCCGCCGGCCACCCAGGUGACGCUCCAAGGCACCAUGCUCACCUCCCAGUCUCUCCUCAGCCAUCUCAUCCCAACUGGCAACCGCGUCAACGGCAUGCCCACGUACACCUUCGCGCCCCUCCAGGUGGCUGUGCCCAUCACACAAAGCUCUGCCAAGCCCACCGAGCAGACCUCCACCCAGGCCAAGAAGUGGAUCACCUGCCCUCUCUGCAACGAACUCUUCCCCAGCAAUGUCUUUGACAUGCACAUAGAGGUAGCCCACCAGAACAAAUUGGCCGCGGCCCGUACGGAGAACCUGGCGGGCCGAGCGGCCUUCCUCAGGAAGAUGCCCGACAAGACCAUCAAGUGUCUGACGUGCAAGGUGCUGCUGUCUGAGAAGAGCGUCCUGCAGCACCUGCUCCACGGCCUCAGCUGCCUCUACUGCGCCACCUUGUUCUUCUCCGUCAAGCAGCUGGCCGAGCAUGUCAAGAAGCACGACCCCAGCAGCAAACUCUACUGUGACUUUCUGCGCCAGAACUACAAAAUCUACAGCAAGGCCACCUCCGGCAUUCUCAUACCCUACUUUGACGUCACCACUGAGGCGCCGCAGGAAAUCCUGGGCGAGUGCGAAGUCGACCUGGCUCUGGUCACCAGCUCGCUGGAGCUCAUCUACGUCAAGCUGCUGCCCAGCACCCACUCCCAAGUCUCCCCGGCGCCUGUCAAAGUCAGCGCCUCCUGCUGCCCCUUCUGCGACGAGAAGUUUCAGGAGGAGGCCAAGUACCUGCAGCACCUGAAGCAGAAGCACCUGGUCGCGCCCACCAUCCACGCCAUCCUCAAGACAGACGCCUUCAAGUGUAUCUACUGCAAUGGGGUCUACACGGCCAAGGUGACCCAACAAGCCGUCAUGCUGCACAUCCAGCGGUGCCGCUGUUCCCCAAAGCCCCCGCGGGCUCUCAAAAUCACUGCCCCUCCGCCGCUCGCUAAACCUGCUCAGGGGCCUCGCCAGCCCUCAGGGCUCUUCUUCCUCCAGGUGCCCCAAGGGGUGACGGUCAAACCGCUGCAACCCAAGCCAACUCCUCCACCCCCACCACCGUCGCAGAACAAGGAGCAGCUGGAAUCCACCAAGAGACUGGAGGCCGCCUUGAAGCAGGUCAUCGAGCUCAACAAGCGAGAGCGCGAGCACAAGGCGGCUGUGCGUAGGAAGGAACCGCUGGAACCCGAAAUUGUGGCAGACUCUAAGGUCAAGCUGGCGCUUGAGCCGAUGCCGCCAGACCGCCGCGGCCAUGAAGAACGCCGUGACUUCAUCGCACGCUACUUCAACGCCAGGCCGUACAUCACCCGCGUCGAGAUAGAAGAGCUGUGCCGCCGCCUGUCGCUCAGCAAGUCGGAGCUGGUGGCCCUCUUCAGCGCCAAGCGUGUCCGCUGUAUGAAGAGCUUCAACGGAAGCACCGCCGCCGUGCUCUUGGGCUUUGACAUGACGCAACUGGCGCGGUUGCGACACCCGCUCGAAAUACCUGAGCAGAGGGUUGUCGAGUCAAGAGAGGCGCAGCUGGACGAGCUGCCGGAGGUACUGGCAGAUGCCAGGGAGGCGUCGCUUGAACCAGAACCGGGACCCAUGGACGAAAGUGGCAAUGACAAAACAGCUGCUGAGGUGCCUAUGCAGCAAAAUGAUUGACAGGAAGAGAAUACUUGGGAAAAUAAUUUCCAAACUCUGCCAUGCCAUGCCAAAAUCCAUGUGUAAACUCACACCAUGCCCUGUAAAAAGGUUCAUGGCUGCCUCAAAAUGUCGCAAAGUGGCGAGCAAAGUGUUACUUUUCAAUUAUACAUGGCUUUGGCGCCAUCUUGUGACAGCUUUGUGCUCAUCUGCGACAGCAUAGACAGAAUAGUCGGUUUUUCAACAAAUAGCAAAAUAUUGUGUGCAUUUUGAAUUAUGUGCAUAUUUCUUUACUUUGUAGCUACAAUUGAGCAUUUUGUGUGUUCUUGGGGUCUCAAAGUCAUUUGUCACGUAAGUGAGCCUCUCUCUGCCUCCGAACCUUUCAGUUAAUUGUGAAGUAAAUUAUAUCCCCCGCCCACAAAUGAAGUUGAAAUAAUGUUCUAUGCUAGCAAAGCCCUACUUUUGUCCAAAUCAAACUCCUCUACUUACACAGAUGGCAUUGAGCACUUUUUAUGCUUUGGCCCAAGCAGAAAAACAGAAACUAAAGGAUUGGUAUCGAAAAACAUGUUCAAAUGCAGGUUGCACUGUAAUUUUGAUUUUAUCAGGGUAAACCGUGAUGUUUAUUAAUACCUGUCACGUGGUUGUAAUAUUUUGGUUGUUCACUCAAGGUGGCCCUUUCACCCAGGGGUGUGGUGACUGAAAAGCACUGACACGCUCCUCCUGCUUUGACUUUCCAUGUCCACUUUUUGUGAUAGGAAUGUGCUCAGUUUUGUUACUGUCAACACGUAAAAUAAGUUAAAAAAAAAAAAAUUGGAUUUACCUAUUCUGUUUUCCACAAGCAUCCAGACCUAAUUCACGCCCUCUUUAUAAUUCUUUUUUUAUUAGUAAUGUAAACGACUUGAUGGAAAUAAAUGCACGUAUAGUUUUGGUCACCACACACGGAUUUAGAGUUCUGCAGUGUAUACUAUGGACUGUCAUGUUCUUCUGACACAGCUGCUUCCUUUUUUUGUACUGUAUUUUUAUUUUGGGACAUUUCCCAAUGAGUGAGUGUGUGUGUGGGGUGGGGGGUUACACGGCGCAGGCUAAAACCAUCCCUUUUCUUUCCUCGACUUUCCGCAACGUCGUACGAAAAUUAAAAUGUUUUCAUUA